UCUCGGCUACCGCUACUCCACUAAACUUAAAACGAAGUUAGGUCUGUGGCAUGGUUCUUGGAUAGUGAUUUAAUCGCUGAAUUUGUUCUCAGUUUAGUAAAAUGGCAGGGGUUUUGUUUGAAGAUAUUUUUGACGUCAAGGAUAUUGACCCAGAAGGCAGAAAGUUUGAUCGAGUUAGUCGUCUUCACUGUGAGAGUGAAUCUUUUAAGAUGGACUUGAUAUUGGACAUUAACAACCAGAUCUAUCCUGUUGAUCUAGGAGACAAGUUUCGAUUAGUUGUUGCUUCAACUUUACGGGAAGAUGGUUACCUUGAUGACGGUGAGUGGAAUCCUGCAGAUACAGGACCUUCCCGCGCUGAUAGCUUCGAGUACAUUAUGUACGGUAAGAUUUACAGAAUUGAGGGGGACGACUGCGCCGGAGAAACAACACGUCUGGCAGCGUACGUGUCGUUCGGGGGACUGCUGAUGAGACUGCAGGGGGAUCCCAAUAACUUGCAUGGAUUUGAAGUGGACAGUCAAGUAUACUUACUUAUGAAAAAACUUGCCUUUUAAUUAAUUCAAAACAUAAUAUCGUUACUUUGUAUUCAUCAAUAAAUCCAUUGGCUACGUUUU